GCGUCUUUUCUGAGGUUUGGCGGUAGGCUGGUUUGAUUUACUAGUGAACUUGACCGUGUACAGUUUGGUAUUCUAACAAUGCGUCCGAUGUAAAUUGUAUGAGAAGUAAGCGUCUGCUUGCCCAGUCAAUAUCAAACACAAUCAGUAAUCCGCCUUUACUCCACGGUCGUCUUUUGCUGAGUAAAUCUAUAGAUGUGAUAGCUUUAAUAGUUUUCAAUCGCAACCAUUAUGUUUUUCUUUUAAGGAGUUUUGAGAUUAGAGAGUGGUGACGGACGAAUUUGUGCAUCGCUGUGCCACAGUUGGUUGAACUCGACUUCAUAGUUCCUCGCACGUGUUUGGAGUGAAUACCAGCGUGGUUACACAUACCAGCAAUAUUACGGUUCUGUGGCAGAAUCAGGGCAAUAGGUAUGGAGUUUGAGGAGUCGGGAAUCGGAGAGGAAUGCGGAGUUUUCGGCUGUGUAGCGGCUGGUGAGUGGCCCACACAGCUGGAAGUUGCCCAAAUAAUAACGUUGGGACUUGUAGCUCUACAACACAGAGGACAAGAGAGUGCUGGUAUAGUCACAAGUGAUGGAUUCAGUCCCCCCACAUACACCGCCCUCAAGGGCAUGGGGCUGGUAAACAACGCCUUUAAGCCUGAGGACUUGCUCAAGCUUCGCCAUGGUAACCUUGGCAUCGGCCACACACGCUAUUCCACCACAGGCAUGUCAGAGCUGCAGAACUGCCAACCUUUUGUGGUAGACACUCUGCACGGCAAAAUUGCAGUAGCACACAAUGGAGAACUGGUAAACGCAGCUGCGUUACGCAAGAAGGUAAUGCGUCAUGGUGUGGGCCUGUCUACCAGUUCAGACAGUGAGCUGAUCACUCAGCUGCUGGCAUUGACUCCGCCCAUGGAGGAGCUCGACGCUCCUGAUUGGGUUGCCCGCAUUAAGAACCUAAUGACAGAGACACCCACAUCCUACUCAUUAAUGGUGAUGCACAAAGAUGUGAUUUAUGCGGUGAGGGACCCAUAUGGAAACAGACCACUCUGCAUUGGGCGUUUGGUCCCCAUCUCCAAACUUCAUGGCUCAGGAGUUGGAGAAGAUGACACAGAAGGCUGGGUUGUAUCCUCAGAAUCCUGCAGUUUUCAGUCAAUCGGCGCAAAGUAUUACCGUGAGGUGCAGCCUGGAGAAAUUGUGCAGAUCUCCAAGCAUGGAGUGAAGACCCUUACUGUGGUCCUGCGACCUGAGGGAGAUCCCCCCGCAUUCUGCAUUUUUGAAUAUGUUUAUUUUGCUAGACCAGAUUCAAUUUUUGAAGGCCAGAUGGUAUAUACUGUCAGGCAGCGCUGUGGACGCCAGCUGGCUAUCGAGGCCCCCACUGAUGCCGAUGUGGUCAGCACAGUACCUGAGUCUGCCACCCCUGCAGCACUGGGCUAUGCACAGCAGUCUGGCCUGCCAUACGUAGAGGUCUUGUGCAAGAACCGCUACGUCGGGAGAACCUUCAUUCAACCCAACACGCGGCUGCGUCAGCUGGGCGUGGCCAAAAAGUUUGGAGCAUUGACAGACAAUUUUGCGGGGAAACGAGUAGUGCUCAUUGAUGAUUCUAUUGUGAGAGGCAACACCAUAUCACCCAUUAUUAAAUUACUGAGGGAGGCAGGUGCUACUGAGGUUCACAUCCGUGUUGCCUCACCCCCAGUCCGGUUUCCCUGUUACAUGGGCAUCAACAUUCCUACCAAAGAAGAGCUCAUUGCCAACAAACCAGAGUUCAAGGAUAUUGCAGGCUAUAUUGGUGCUACCAGUGUACGUUAUCUGUCCGUAGAGGGUUUGGUGUCGGCUGUUCGGGACGGAAUAACAUCUUUUCGGGAGAAGGAUGAACGAAUCGGUUCCACCACAGAGUCUACCCUGAAAGUUGGCCACUGUACUGCUUGCCUCACAGGCAAAUACCCUGUAGAGCUGGAGUGGUGAAGUUAGACCAGAAUAUUACCACUAAUUCUAAACCACAUUCCAACCACUAUGAGUAAAUCCGACCCUUCCCUGACUAGAACGGUCUUCUUCAGCUAGAGUAGAUAAUUCAGUCUCAUGUAAAAAAAAUUUUUCUAUGAACCACAUUCAUUUUUCUAUUAGAGGACAAUGGCAAGAAGUCUCAUUAGCAUGGAACUUUGAUAGGAUUGCUAUCACAACUUGCUAAAAACCCUGACUUCUCCCCAGGGGGCAGAUUUUGGUGGGGGGGGGGGUUAAAAGUAUAAACUGAGAACUGUCCAAUUAGAGAAAUGGUUAAGAGAGCUUCUUUGGAACACUAUGACUGCUUAAUCCAAGUUAGCAUUAAAAUCUGACCUACCAAUAAAUUCUCAUUCCUUUCCUUUA